GCCAGUAUAGGUCAGACAGCGGCUGACAGUCUACCGUGAGAAGCUGAAGCGAGUGCUGGCAUCUUUCAAGCAUCGGUACUCGCGCUCAUACCCAUUACACUUUGGGUGUGUAAAAUGAAAGAAACAACAAAAAAGUGAAAGUAAUUUGUUGUCCACCGAAACCACUUUCCGAGAUCUGGACCACUACUGUCAGCCUUAAAAGUGUGGCAAAUGUAGCUUACAACAGCAAUAAUUCGCACAUUUAGUAAUCUCAGCCAAAUUUCUUUUUUUUAGGGCUUCUUCUGUGUUUUGGCGUAAAGCUAUCAAUUCGAUAGGCUGCGAAGGCGCAAUGUGUAUCGUGUGGGCACGGAUUGGUAGUUGACUUUACGAUGCUGGUGUAAAUUGCAUAAUACGAUCCACGUCUGCUCAUUUCGUCACACCAUCAUCACAAUGACAUACAACACAAUGAGCGUGAUCAAGAAGCGUUCUGGGCUUUCCAGCUCGACAAUCAACAACAACAAUCUGGCACAGUCCACCCAGCACGAAAAGGUGGCCGAAUCGUCCAAAACAAUCAACGAAAUCACCCGGACGCAUCCGACGGCCUAUUUGAUCUUUGGAUCAUUGCUGUUGGAUUUGCUGGCAUUCACCAUGAUCCUGCCGCUGUUGCCGUCCAUGCUGGAAUAUUACAAACAGAACGAUGUUGGCGGGUUGUACGGGUACCUGUCGGAUAGCAUUAGUAGCUUCCAGGAGUGGGUCGGUGCUCCGAAACGGUUCAAUUCAGUUCUCUUCGGUGGCGCUCUGGGUUCCAUGUUCAGUUUGCUGCAGUUUAUCGUUAGUCCAAUAGCCGGAGGUCUGUCGGACAUCUAUGGACGGAAGCCCGUAAUGAUUGUUUGCGCUAUUGGUAUAGCUGCUUCAUACGGUUUAUGGGCCUAUUCUCAUAACUUUCUGCUCUUUGUGCUGGCUCGUUUUGUGGGUGGCUUGAGCAAAGGCAAUAUCUCGAUCUGUAUGGCAGUGAUCACAGACGUUUCCAACCAGCAGAACCGCGGAAAAGCAAUGGCAUUGGUCGGAAUUGCCUUUUCGUUGGGAUUUAUCGUGGGACCUAUGAUUGGAGCGAUAUUCUCUCGGUUUGCAGACAAAACCGAUGCGCACUGGUUCUGGUUGCCAGCCAUGUUUGCCAUGGGUCUGGCUGUGCUGGAUGUUAUCUUCAUUGCAGUCUGCCUUAAAGAGUCCCUGCCGAAAGAGAAACGCUCAAAAAAGAUCAUUAAUACACUCUCGCAAACUCUGGACCAUAUCAGUAUUCCGGCAUUGUUCAAAUUUUCAGCUGUGAAGAAUCUUUCCAAGCGAGACAUUGGAUCACUUCAAAGUCUUGGUUUAGUUUAUUUCAUCUAUUUAUUCAUCUACUCCGGACUGGAGUUUACCGUCACAUUCCUUAUGUAUCAUAAGUUCAACUACACAUCGAUAGAUCAGGCUAAAAUGUUCCUCACCACUGGUAUAAUCAUGGCCUUGUUGCAAGGCUCGGUCGUUCGGAGGCUUCCACAGCGUUUAACACAAAUUUCGGCCGUCGGUGGGUUGUACUUAAUCAUACCAGCAUUUAUUAUCGUAGGGAUUGCGGAGACAACGCAAAUGCUCUAUCUGGGCAUGAUUCUAUUUGCGAUUUCAACCGCGUUCGUGGUGACAUGCAUGACCACGCUUACGUCCAAGUAUGGCGAUUUCCAUCAGAAGGGAACCGUUUUGGGAGUGUUUCGGUCACUUGGUGCUUUGGCUCGUGCCCUUGGUCCGAUUGUAGCCUCGAUUGCCUUCUGGAGCAUAGGAUCUAAAAUCACUUACGUCGUCGGGGGCGUCCUUUUGGUUUGCCCUACGUUGAUGAUGCAGUUGAUGAAACUGUCCUGAGUGUUUUUUGAGUGCUGUUUCUCUUAAAUUGUUUUGUUACGUCCGUUUAUAGUAAGUACUUUGUAAUACUCUUUCUACACAGUAUUUUUGAGUAUUGUCAUUCCGUGCUCGUUUACGACACUUUAGAACAAUAUUUAUAGUAUAAUUAAAAAUCUUUUUGAU